GUGGGAGGAGGGGCGUGCGGAGGCUGGGAGCUGCUGGCUCUGGUUGGCUGGCCGCCCCCGCCCCUCCCCCGCCCCUCCCCCCGCCCCCGCCCUCCCGGCGCGGUGGCGGCGGAGAGAAAGUAAGGUGAAAAAGUCCAAGUGCCGUUGCGGGCGCGAUGGGGGCUGGCUCCUCAAGCUACCGGCCCAAGUCCAUCUACCUGGACAUCGAUGGACGCAUCCAGAAGGUGGUUUUCAGCAGGUACUGCAACUCCAGUGACAUCAUGGACCUGUUCUGCAUUGCCACCGGCCUGCCUCGGAACACCACCAUCUCCCUUCUGACCACGGAUGAUGCCAUGGUCUCCAUCGAUCCCACCAUGCCUGCAAACUCAGAGCGAACCCCCUACAAGGUGAGACCUGUGGCUGUCAAGCAACUAUCUGCCUGUACUGCAUCGCUGUCUCUUCUUUGGUUUGUAGAAAGAGAAGAACUCAUCCAGGGUGUGCUGGCCCAGGUGGCAGAGCAGUUCUCCAGAGCGUUUAAGAUCAACGAGUUGAAAGCAGAAGUUGCAAACCACCUGGCCGUGCUGGAGAAACGAGUGGAACUGGAAGGACUUAAAGUGGUGGAGAUUGAAAAAUGCAAGAGUGACAUUAAAAAGAUGCGGGAGGAGCUGGCAGCUAGAAACAGCAGGACCAACUGUCCCUGUAAAUACAGUUUUUUGGAUAGUAAGAAAUUGACACCUCGAAGAGAUGUCCCCACUUAUCCCAAGUACCUGCUUUCCCCAGAGACCAUCGAAGCCCUGCGGAAGCCAACCUUCGAUGUCUGGCUGUGGGAACCCAAUGAGAUGCUGAGCUGCUUAGAGCAUAUGUACCAUGACCUCGGCCUGGUCAGGGACUUCAACAUCAACCCCAUCACACUCCGCAGGUGGCUGCUCUGUGUGCACGACAACUACAGGAACAACCCCUUCCACAACUUCCGACACUGCUUCUGUGUGACGCAGAUGAUGUACAGCAUGGUCUGGCUCUGUGGCCUCCAGGAGAAGUUUUCCCAGAUGGACAUCUUGGUCCUGAUGACCUCAGCCAUCUGCCAUGACCUGGACCACCCAGGGUACAACAACACAUACCAGAUCAACGCCCGCACAGAACUGGCUGUGCGCUACAACGACAUCUCACCGCUGGAGAACCACCACUGCGCCAUUGCCUUCCAGAUCCUGGCGAGACCCGAAUGCAACAUCUUCUCCAGCGUGCCACCUGAGGGCUUCAGGCAGAUCAGGCAGGGGAUGAUCACAUUGAUCUUGGCCACCGACAUGGCGAGGCAUGCUGAAAUCAUGGAUUCUUUCAAAGAAAAAAUGGAGAAUUUUGACUACAGCAAUGAGGAGCACCUGACCCUGCUCAAGAUGAUUCUCAUAAAAUGCUGUGAUAUCUCCAAUGAAGUCCGUCCCAUGGAGGUGGCAGAACCGUGGGUGGAUUGUUUACUGGAAGAAUAUUUUAUGCAGAGUGACCGUGAGAAAUCAGAAGGCCUCCCUGUGGCCCCAUUCAUGGACAGAGACAAAGUGACCAAAGCAACGGCCCAAAUUGGGUUCAUCAAGUUUGUCCUGAUCCCAAUGUUUGAGACAGUGACUAAGCUCUUUCCCAUUGUCGAGGAGACCAUGCUACGGCCACUCUGGGAGUCUCGAGAACACUAUGAGGAGCUGAAGCAGCUGGAUGAUGCCAUGAAGGAGAAGAAGACGGACAGCUUGACAUCUGGGGGCACUGAAACUGCCACAGAGAAGAACAGAGAUGUGAAAAACAGUGAAGGCCAUUCUCCUCCAAACUGAUGUCUCAAUGUGUACCCAGACUGCACUAGUCAAAUCAGCUAAGCUGUGGCCUCCGAGCAGACAGGGCUGGGGAACCCCACAAGAUUCUCCACACAAGGAUGGUCACGCCCAGACAACCCCGGAUGACCUGCCACAGACCAUGUUUUCUAAGAACCGUUUUGUUCAUGGAUACAAAAACAGGAACUCAUGAUGCUGUACAGAAUUUUUAUUUUUAAACUGUCUUUUAAAUAAUAUAUUCUUAUACCGAAAUGGGUCUGUACUUUUUCUUUGGGUUUUGUACUAGGGCUUCCAAGGACUCUGGCUUUCCCUGGGAUGUAUCUUCAAAUGGUUGAACAGUAAUGUGACCUGAGGGUCCAUGUACAUUCCACAUUAAACAUCAGAAUGGUGCCCAAGUGCAGGG